AAACGUCUUUACGGCAGCCCUUGGUCACACGUGUUGUCAUCGCAUGGAAGUCUUUCGGAGUAAAUAGCUGAAGCAAGCCGAUCACAUCUAGGAUUUGAAGAAACAUGUCUUUCAGAGGAGGAGGUGGACGAGGAGGGAGAGGAGGUGGAGGAUUUAACCGAGGUGGAGGAGGCAGAGGAGGAGGUGGAUUCGGAGGAGGCCGAGGAGGAGGUGGAUUUGGAGGAGGAAGAGGAGGUGGAUUUGGACGUGGUGGUGGGAGAGGUGGUUUUAAUAGACAACAAGACUACGGUCCUCCAGAGUAUGUCGUCGCACUGGGAGAGUUUGUGCAUCCAUGUGAAGAUGACAUUGUGUGCAAGUGUACGACAGAGGAAAGCAAAGUUCCCUACUUCAAUGCCCCCGUCUACUUGGAAAACAAGGAGCAGAUCGGGAAAGUGGAUGAGAUAUUUGGCCAGCUCCGGGACUUUUAUUUUUCAGUAAAACUUUCAGAAAACAUGAAGGCGUCUUCAUUUAAGAAACUGCAGAAGUUUUAUAUAGAUCCAAUGAAGCUUCUCCCGCUGCAGCGGUUCCUCCCCAGGCCGCCGGGAGAGAAGGGUCCGCCAAGAGGAGGCCGAGGGGGUCGAGGUGGAGGAAGAGGCGGUGGUCGUGGAGGUGGUUUCCGAGGCGGCCGGGGUGGAGGAUUUGGAGGCGGCCGGGGUGGAGGAUUUGGAGGUGGACGAGGAGGAGGAGGAGGCUUCAGAGGAAGAGGAGGCGGAGGAGGCCGUGGAUUCAGAGGCGGGAGAUGAUCCGACAGGGAUGGUCUGGUGUGACGGUGUCAUCCUUGUCUUCUGCUACAAGCAGAAAGACGGCAUUCUCUGCCAAUGCCUGUCCUGCUGGGCUUCGAACAUGGACAUUGCCUCUAUUUGUAGAACUUGAAUGGAUUUUUUCAUUCUUUUUUUUGUACCAGUUUUGAAUAUGUGAGGGAUCUUCAUUUCUAUUUAAAAGGUUCAUAAUCAUGCUUGCAUGCAACAUAAGGACCAUUCAGCCUGUUAGGGAGAGAUGUUGGGUCCUUUUGUGAACAAGCUUAUCAUUAUCCUCUGCUGAUUGCGUUCAAAUGUUUGGCCAUGACAGAUGUGUGUACUUUGAUCAAGAUUUCAAGAGAUACAUUCACAAACCUCCAUAUUCAUUUCCUCUGAUAUGGGGAAAUGUCUGGGAUAUCUUUUAUAUGCUGUUAGUAAAAACAAAAAUUUUAAUUCCCAUAAUUUGUCAUAUAUUAAGCAGAAUGUUGUCACAUUUCUGUUAAAGGCCUUGAUUAAAAGGUGCUUUGUAA